GGACUAGUACGCGGAACUUGAGUAUCCGUCAUCAUUUUGAAUCUUCUCGAGCCUACUUGAUGCUACAUGUUCAGUAGUAUUUGCGCUUUCAUAGUCAAUAAUUGUUUCUCUGGCCAACCAGAGCAACACACCGCGAGCAAUAAUGUAAUAUCCAAUAAAGUUAGGCGUGAUGUCUGUCCACGAAGGUUAGCUAAUAUAAGUGAUUUGCUUUUUAUUGUUGGAUUAGCUGGUUAGCUCAGUUAGCGUGUUUCGUAAUGGGUUCGGCUGGUUUAAUAUGAGCUCUAUAUCACCCCAGCCCCUGAGCUCAUGCAGAACACUACCUGGAGAGGGGAGUCCGGUCCAGCCAAAAGCGCCUCUCCUGCAAAUCCUGCGUGUUGCUGGAGCCCAGGAAAAUGUAUUUACCCUUAAAGAGGUGAUGCAUUACCUGGGACAAUACAUCAUGGGGAGGCAGCUGUAUGACAAGCAGAGACAGCACAUUGUGCACUGUCAGGAUGACCCACUUGGGGAACUGCUUGAAGUGGAUAGCUUCUCAGUCAAAAAUCCAAGCCCGGUGUAUGAAAUGCUGAAGAAGCACUUGGUGGUGGUUGGGGCUAGCAACGCUGCUGAGAAUCUUUCUUUGGGCCGUGAGUGUGUUGAGAGCGGAGUGGAGGAUCGCGGUCAGACGGGUGGGGUGGGGGCCGUCGCAGGACUGGAGCCCGGCAGGGAAAGGCCCCUCCUGCCGACCCCCUCCCAGAGACGACCCCGGGAGUGUGACCAAGACUCACUAGAUGGCCUGCCACGGUCAGCCUGCAAACGGCCCAAAUUAGACGUUACUCUGGACGAGUGGGACCUCUCUGGCCUGCCAUGGUGGUUCCUGGGCAAUGUCGGCAGCAACCACAGCCGCAGGAGUAACGGCUCCACGGACAUCGUCACUAACCGAGAGCGGGACACGGCGGCCGUGUCGGACGCCACCGGCGACGACCUGUGGUUCCUGGAGGAGGGCGAGGGCGAGGGGGUGAGCGUGGAGAUGAAGGAGGCGGCGCUGGAGGCCGGCGGCCGCGGCGAGGGCGAGGGCGAGGCCUGCCUGGAGGCGGAGGGCACGGGAGCAGGGAAGGAGGACAAGGCCGACGGAGAGAUCCAGGAGGAGCCCGACGAGGACUCCCAGUGUCUGAGCGACGACACGGACACGGACGUCUCCACGCAGGACGCCUGGCAGUGCACCGAGUGCAAGAAGUACAACACCCCUCUCCAGAGGUACUGCGUCCGCUGCUGGGCCCUCCGCAAGGACUGGUACAAGGACGUGCCCCUGCUCGCCCACGCCCUCUCGGUGCCCGACAUCCCGUCCCGCGGCUCGUUUGGCUCCCCGGACGAGGAGGACGACAGCGACGCAGGGCUGGACGUGCCCGACUGCAGCCGCACGGUAUCGGACCCGGUCGUCCUGCCCUCCCACUGCAGGCCCGACCGGUCGCUCCCCACCCUGGGCUCGGCCCUGGGCAAGGGCCCCCUGGCGUUCGGCCUGACCAAGGAGGAGGCCGUGUCGGGGGGCGAGAGCCAGGAGAGCGUGGGCAUGGAGAUGGAGGUGGAGGUGAGGCCCGAGGCCCUCCUGGAGCCCUGCCAGCUGUGUCAGGUGCGACCGCGCAACGGUAACAUCAUUCACGGACGCACCGCCCACCUCAUCACCUGCUAUACCUGUGCCAAGAGGCUGCACAAGUCCCACGCCCCCUGCCCUGGCUGCGGGAAAAUCAUCCAGAGGGUGAUCAAGAUAUUUGUAAUAUAAUUGAAUGUAACCCCUAUUCUCCCCCCCCCCAUGUCAUAACAAUUACUUAUUUUAUGGGUAAUAGUUUCCAACACGCACGCUUAACAAAACACCUAGCACUUGGAUGGGAAGUUCGCUCAUGGGUGCCAUCGUCUUUUAUUUGACCUCAACUUUAAUUUUUUUCUCAAGAAGGCCAAUGUUCUCUGCUGCAUUCAGUUAAAAGGAGGUAUACAAUGAGGUAUUUAUUUAAUUUAUUGCAUGUCCACAAUGUGGACGGUUGUGUUUAUUAGAUGUUUAUUAGGUUCUUCAGAACAACCAGUCGUUCCUUCGUUGGUUCAACACUGGUUUCUCUUUCAGGCCCUCCCAACCCCUUUCCUUUGGGGAUUAAGAUCUAUUCCCUGUCUGCUUUAGAUUGACACUAUUUGGAUGGAGGUCUAUAAAAUCUCAUAUUUUUUACCUUGCUUUUGUUUCCGACGUUCAGAGUACCUUACAAACAAAACCCGGCCUCAAAGUACAUUUAUUUUAUGUCCUGUUUUAUUAAUAUGUGAGUGGGCUAUAACAAGUUUGGUGAUUUAAAGUCCUGUUUUCUGUUCCUAAUUGUAACAAUUUCAACAGUUGAAGUGAAUCUGUUUGGGACUACAAUUGAAGUAUUUAUAUGCUGUAUUGUUCUCUUAAAGGGUGACAUUGUAAGCUAGCCAACGACAAGUACGAUGUGCCAUCUCUCAUAUACGAGAAGGGAUUCUCCACCUUUCUUCUGUAGCUAUGGCAAAUUAUUAAUUGUAAUUUAAGUUAUUUACAAGGGUGCUACAAUCCUUGAGAAGUACACCUGCAACUUGGAAAUGAGAGGCCGUGCCCUGAUGGUGCACUGCAGUUGUUCAGUUGAGCCAUGAGACGGGAAAGAUCAAUGAACACAAUGAUGGCUCAUUGGAAGCUGAAGAAGAAUACUUUCUCUGGAUUUACCUGAAAGGACAUUUCAAUAGCUAGUAAGGUCUGAGAGGGUUUAUGCGUUACACUGCCAUGUAACUUGUUUUUUUCUGUGUGUGUGGUUCCCAAGAUCUUGCGUGAAGGCUUAUUGAUGCAUUAGUUUUGCUUAGCCCAAAGGAUAUGGAUAUUUUAUUUACUGCAUAGUCCUUCCAGUGCCAUGAACCCUGCUGCCAGCAGGGGGCGAGGAGGCUAUGUAUAGAAACUCAGCACGCAGUGUGGUUUGAUUAGUUAUAUUAGCAAUCCGCUGGAAAUACAGAAAGAAUACAUUGAAUUUAUCUAUUAUAUUGAAUAAAAAAUGUUAACCUCUUCAACAAAAAUAUAAAAAUAAUAAUCUUCAAAUAAAAUGACCUCCAAUAAAUGAUUCCACUGCUUUGACCUGUGAUAAUCAGAACAAUAUAUACUUUGGUAUAAACAAUUAAUCAAUCGUCUUUUUGUAGACGAUUGAUUGCAUAAGGUUUGUAACUUGUUUUCCACUGUAGGUCAUAUUUUGAUAAAUAAAGUGUCAAUUCCGAAAAAAUAUUCUUACAAACAAAAACGUUUAUGGACUGUCUGGGCUAAAUAAUAAGUCUUUGUAAGACUGACCAGCUGUCAUUUCCUCUCCCUAGCGACAGCGCUGCCCUCACACCUGCCCUUCUCUCUCUUCUGCCUCGUCACUCCUCUCACUGCUGGGACGCUCCUCCGUGUUGCACUUUCACUGCUACGCGGGUGCAAUCACACUGCCUUCUCUAUGGCGGAUGACCUGUCAGGGCCAAUCAGGACCUGCUAUAAUUAAUCUGCCGCGGUGGAAAGUUGCCUCUCGAGGGGUUGUUUUUUGGGGAAGUCCCCUAUGUGACUCCCUGUCCAUCAAAUUCCAAACAAGUAAAGCCUGGUCUAUUCUGAGUUUA